AGCAGCUCACGAUGCUGCAGCCCGUGGCACACACAUCGCGGCUCCUCUGGCUGCUGAGUGUGCUGAGCUUGCCGGCGGCCGCUGCGGCUCCGCCGGUGCCGCCGGUGCCGGGCAGCCCGCUGUCGGACCGGGAGUACCAGCAGUUCUUUGCCAAGCUGCACCCGCCCUGGCAGGCAAACAUGUUCUGCCUGCUGCGCCAGGCCUACGGCUGCCUCAACCACGACAUCCUGCGCCUGGACCAGGAGGAGAACCACGGAGAAAUCCCCGAAG